AUGGAACAAUCAAAGGAGAAAGAAGCACAGGGUGAGGCACUCCCUGCGUAUGAAGAAAUCUCCGGCCCCUCGACCGUCAUAGAGACACCGGCAACGGGGCCGACAGCUGCCUCCCCUUUCAAUUUCCCUCCCGAUAGUGAUCUACCACCGUACUCGGCUUUAGCAGCCAACACUAGCGAUCAGCGUCCUAUCGCAAUUCCUCAGAUCAAAGCAGACCCCACCGCCCCUUUCCUCGAAGCAUCCUCGCCAUCACUACUACGCCAUGGAAUCACGCAAGAGACCUGGCUCGGAUUCAUCCGUACUCUAUCAGGCUUCCUAGCGGCGACUGUCUCACAGAAAGCCAUCAGUCACGCUGGCGAUAUGGCACAGCACGUCGGCGACGUGCCCAAGCGCUUUGGCAAGGAGACGAUGGCACAUAUUAAAGCCUCAGGCCAGGCCAUUAAGGAUACCGCCAAGUCGGGGAACGUCGUCGGCGCCGCAUUUCAAGUCGUAGGCGCCACCAUCGGCAUCCCAGUUGCCACUGCCCUCCGGGCCGCCGGCGCCGCAAUCGUACUUCCGUUUGCGGCUAUAAACGCCGUCAGCCGGGAGCCGAAGACACCAAAGGAGCGCGCUGUUGCUUACACGGCCGCGGCGAAUAUCAAGUGGUUGAACCGGCGCGGGCUCGACGCCUGUCUGUUAGACACAGCGGAGCUAGGCCAGGUUCUUGGCCUGUCCGUCGACGAGUUACUGCAGACUCCGCGCGGGGCCAAGGACGCAAGUGCGGAAGCGCAGCUAGCUACCCUAGGGUCAUAUAUUGCAGAGCUCAAUGUGCGGGUUCCUGGCCCGCUUGAGUUGGGAGCUGAGACUUUUUGGCUGGUGGUUACGGAGAGGGGUGAGAACCAGGAAGAUAAAAGUGGAAAGGACAAAGGGAAGGGCAAGGGGAAGGAGAAGAAUAAGAGAUAG